CCCAACAUUGGCUCUUCCACAAACCGAUUAGACUCACGGCUUCGUCGAAACUCUGGUGAAGUUUACAUCUUACAAUUCAAUACAUGACCAAAUAAAUAUAGCCGAGGGUCUGUUGUAUACAAAUAACGCGCGAGGACAUUCAUGCAAUUUUAAUGCGAGUAAGUCUCAUGUUCCGCCAGGACACGAAGCCAUGAAGACAGGUGAUUGUUUCCAUUUAUUGCUCAUCAAUGCCAUGACAGCCAACCACAGACCUUAGAGGUGACAUUCAGUGUCACAGAUGUGAACUGGCGACCUAAGAGGAAACCUUCUGUAAAAAGUGAUUAACAUGUCAUCUGAGGAGGAGACUUCUCAGACUUCCUCUUCUUCCCCACCCUCCUCCUGCUCCUCUUCCUCACCUCCCCCUACCUCCCACUUCAUUGGGAAGAAAGAGGACAUCGUCAAGGCUGGGCGCGUGACGAAGUUGGUGAAUGGAUGCAGAGAUGUACUGGUCCUUUACCACCAGGGGCAGCUUCAUGCAAUGGACAUGCGCUGCUACCAUUCAGGUGGUGCACUAGAGCAUGGAGACAUUGAGGAGUUUAAUGGGCUGCUGUGUAUCGUGUGUCCGUGGCACAAGUACAAGAUCACUCUGGCAGAGGGGGAAGGGCUUUACCAAGCUGUGGGCGAUCCUACAGUCAAACCCCUGAGAGCACACUGGCGCUCCAAGGGUGUCAAACAGAGGAUUCACAAGGUCACUGAGGUCAACGGGGAUGUAUAUGUGACACUGAACGACUCCAGCAAGGCCAUCGAGUCAGAUGUCUACCAAACUGAGAGAUAUAGAACUGACUUUCUCAAGGCCAAGAAAUAGCCUCCAUUAAGACAGUGGACACGCAAGGAUUUCUUUGCUUGAGUUGCUUGAUUAUUCAACCAAAAAUACUUUCAAGGACAAUUGGGGGUGUUUUGUUAUCUUUCACUGGGAAGCAUAUCAAAACCUGUCAGAGUGUGUUUGUCAUAAUAAUAAUUGUAAUUUUAGUUAAUCUAGGACAAAGAAUGAAUGAAUGAUUGGCAUGAAAGAUGAAUAUAGGACAUUUAAACAGCAGUUGCAGGAUGUUUGUCAUUUCAGUGUAUUUAUCUGCUUCAAUUGGCCAACCAGUUUUACUCUUUUCAUACACUGUUCACUACUGAUGGACACAGUUUCCUAUAGCAAGAUCAGAGAACAGGGCAUUGCUGCAGACGUUCAUCAAAUCAGUAGUUAUGAUGUAGAAAUGUCUGACAUUUAUGACAUUAUUCUUUUUCUAACAUUGUUUUGGAGUUUUGAUACUGAACGUAUAUUGGGGUUUGUAAUUAUUCAGUGGUGCACAAAUAUACUGUUUAUUUUGGUAUAAAUUAUUAUUAUGU